UUUGACAGGCGCGCGCACGAAACCUAGGGCCAUAUUGUGACAUCUCGCGACUGGGGUUUGUUUGUGGGAUUCCUCUUGUGUUGUAUACAACAUUUUCAAGAGGGCGGCUCUUUGUCCUCGGCUGCGGGUCCACUCUAUCAGCGGACUGGGGUGGCUGCCUGCGAUUCUGCACUCUGCUGACCGCGCAUUCUGGAGGAGCGCUUCGGAUUGCUUUCUUCUUAAUCGUUGCUGGCAUCCAACGGACGUUGGGUCGGAAAUCAAUGUAUUGCAGCUGAUUUUGGCGUGCUCGAAAAGCGAGGCUUGGAACCAGAGGGGAGAAAAGAAGAAAGAACUGGUUUCUCUUCUUAGCCUCGUUCCUUAUUCUUCGAGUCACUCGUUUAUCCCCCACCCCUUUCCCCAGCAUCCCAGGUACCUUUGCACAAGUCGUGGUCUUCCUCAACCAUGUCCCGGCGAAGCCAACGCCUUGGCACUGUCCAUUAUUAUCAAAGCAAUGAUGUUGAUGAUGCCAGUAUCAGCAGUGGUGGGAGUUCCCUGCUUGGUAGCCAGCAGGCCCUGUUCAAAGACAGUUCCAGCAGCCGGAGCCUACGAAGGAAGCCAAACAGCGUAAAGCGUCCCUCUCCAGCCCCAAGCUUGGGAUCCAACUCUGCGGCACACUCCACCUACUACAGUGAGUCUAUGGUUAGCGAGUCCUACCUGAAUGAUGGCAGGGGGCUUUCUGCCCGGGCCAGUGCCGUCUUGAAUGAGCCGCUGAGCAGCAGUUCUUAUUGGAACGAGGAAAUCUCCGCUAGAAGAAGAAGAGGCACUGGAGGUACAGAGUCCAGUAAAACCAAUGGGCUGACAGAAAGGAAGACCUAUGAUACCUAUGCUUCUUCAUCAGGCUACUCCUCUGAGGAUGACUAUGCAGGUCAUACUUCCUCAGAUCAGAAUGCCUCUGGUUCUGCAUUCAGGAAUGUACUCUCUAAAGUAGGCUCUUUUCUGUGGCUGGUGCUUACUUCACCAGGUCGGUUAUUUGGGCUGUUAUAUUGGUGGAUCGGGACCACAUGGUACCGCCUGACAACUGCAGCCUCACUCCUGGAUGUCUUUGUCUUAACAAGGAGCUAUCCGGUCUUGAAGAGGCUUUUCUUGCUGCUCCUGCUGCUGCUGCUAUUGACUGCUAUGGGUUUUGGCGUUUGGUAUUUUUACCCUUUUGGGCUUCAUCCUUCCAUGUUUUGGGGGGGCACUGAAAAAUUUCCCCCUCCUGUUUCCAAGAAUGUGUAUGAAGCUGGAGAUUUGAAAGCACUCUAUGAGGCACAGCAGCGGGUUUUAUCCCGGCUUCAGGCCCUGGAGAAGCGUUUUGAAACCCUGGAGGAUGCUGCGUCAGUGCUGGAACUGCAAAAAGGAGCAACCUCACCAGGAGCGGCUCUGCCGCAAGAGGAGAUCUUGGUUCUUCUGGAUGGGCUGGUGAAAAGGCGAGAAACAGCCAUGAGAGAGGAUUUCCGCAGAGAGACGGAUCUUCAUCUCCAGAGUGAGUUGGAUGCUUUCCAGUCCCAGGUGCAAAAAGAUUUUGACAGUCUCUUGGAGAAAGUCUCUCAGGCUUCCAAGGAUACGGAGACUCGGAUGGUCCAGAUGAGUUCACAGUGGCAAAGCUCUACACAACAAAGCCUAAAAGGCAACCUCCAAAAGGAAAUGGGUAUGUUGGAGGCACAACUGGCUGGCCUGAAGAAGGAAUUUGCAGCCUUUGCCACAGAUCAGAAGACCUUGGCAAGACAUGUGGAGUCUAUUCCAGAACGGAUCAAGAGAGUGCAAGAGGAGGUGGAAAUCCAGUUCCCUGCAUGGCUUAGCCAAUUCUUGGCCCAAUCUAGGCAGGAUGGCGGGGCUGGUAUAUUCCUGCAGCAUGAGGAACUACAGGAACAGCUCCACAAACUGGAGCACAAGAUCCUGGCCAAAGUCUCCGAGGACCAACGGCUGUCUGCACAGGACAUUGGGGUAGCACUCCAAAUGGAUGGAGUCACAGGAGUCACACCAGAGCAAGUGCACUACAUUGUGAACCAGGCUCUGAAACGCUACAGUGAGGAUCGCGUUGGAAUGGUUGAUUAUGCCCUUGAAUCUGGAGGGGCCAGUGUUAUCAGCACUCGGUGCUCAGAAACCUAUGAGACCAAAACAGCAUUGCUGAGUCUAUUUGGGAUACCCCUGUGGUACCAUUCUCAAUCUCCACGGGUCAUUCUGCAGCCAGAUGUCAACCCUGGGAACUGCUGGGCAUUCCAAGGCUCCCAAGGCUUUGCCGUCGUCCGCCUUUCAAGUGAGAUCCAUCCCACGGCCGUAACACUGGAACAUAUCCCCAGAUCCCUCUCGCCCAAAGGAACCAUUCCCAGCGCCCCCAAGGAUUUUGCAGUCUUCGGUUUACAAGAAGAAGGACAGCAAGAGGGCAUCCUCCUUGGCACAUUUAUGUAUGACCAUGAUGGGGAUCCCAUCCAAACAUUCCAUUUGCAGGAUGAAGAUAAGAGUGCAGCCUUCCAGCUGGUGGAACUGAGAGUUCUUAGUAACUGGGGCCACCCUGAGUAUACCUGCAUCUAUCGCUUCCGGGUACACGGAGAUCCAGUCUCUUAACCCCUCCCUGCUGCCACACCCGUGCUAGCUGGCUACCUCAAGUUCUUCGCCUCAAGAGUGACAAAAGCAGUGCCGGAAAGGAGAGAAGCGGGGGUUGGACAGCACUUUUUUUUUGCUGUGUUGCUCGCAUGUGGGGAGAGGUCACUCGACAGCCACCUUGUGGUCAAUCUGUUCUCUCAGUAUGCAGAGGGAGAAGAUAGCUCAAUUUGGUCUUUUAUAAGCUGCUUUUUAAAAUGUUGUUCUUUUUUUAAAAAAGAAAAGCCUAUGCAGUUCAUAUUUGCCUCACACUCCUCCCCACAAAAAAAAAUUGCUUUCCAAGUUUUCUUUUGGAAAGUUCUGUCAUGAUCCCCUUGUAGAUCUAGCCCUGCAUACCUAAAUAUAACAUUCAGCAGCUUUAUCUUAGGAAAACCGUCUCGCUUGACAAUACGCAGCUUCUAGGCUGUUGCUCUCCCAUUCCUGGGGGUUGUUGCUGUUUUUGCCUCCUUUAUAGAAGCUGGCUUGGUGUAAAUGACAGGAGGGCCUAUAGCACUGUACAAUAGGAACAAGCAGUUGGGCAGGAGGAAAUAUGCACUUAUUUAAAGGACGCUACACUUUUGAAGGACAUGAAAAGUCUGGUUUCAAAGGGAAAGGAGAGAAAUGAAAUGUUGACUAUUAUGAACCUCCUAUUCCUGACAGGGCAGACUAGUGUCAAGACUCAUUCUCAUACUUCAGUGUUGACUUUCUCUUUUGAAACAUUGGAAAGAAAAGCUGCGGCUGGCACCCCCUUGGAAGAAUGUCUCCGUGAUCCCAGAUAAAUUGAGGCUGAUUGCUGUUGUUCAGGGGUGAGGGAAGGCAUUCCAUGCAACUUCACAGCCAAGCUCCUUUCUUUUUCAUUUGUUCCACAGACGGUUCCAGGGCUAAGCACUGAUCAUACUUACAAUUAAAACUAUGCCACCCUGCAUUUCAAUGUAGCAUGUUUUAACCCAGAGGCUGUUUCAGCACGGGCUGUGCAACAUGUCAAAUAUAUGUUUAUUUCAUUUAUGUCUAAUCUCCUAAGGGCUAAAGAGUCACUGUCUGACAACAUGUUGACGGUUGCACUAGCUAAAUGCAAUAUAUUAACCAAGCUUCAGGCUCUUCCUUUGCAUAGAGACCAUGUUUGCAUAAAUUUCCAUUGACCACAUGGAAAAUGGCAUGCUUUCUCUAGCGAGCAUAUGGUCAGGUGCAUUGUCCUGUUAUAUAGUCGGGAAAACCUUUACUACACAUGCAACCAAAUGAGUGAAUUUAGUUUCAAAGUAGUGAGUUACAGCAGUGGGGAGGGGGCCCCUGUGUAUAAACUGCCUGUAAAGCAGGGAACAGACUUGGCUUAGAACCUUUUCCCCAUUGCUGUGCUAGUCUUAAACUACAGGGGGUAGAAUGUUAAAAAAUGGCACCCCUUGCCUUUAAUCUCCUAGCCAAGUACUUAUCAGGGCCAAGACUGGAUUAGCCUGGGCAGAUCAGAUCAGGUUCUCUGGUAUCUUGUCUCUUGGUAAAUGGCUGUCUGUCGAGAGCUGUAUUCUGGGGGAACAGCUCUCCCAGUAUGGAUACCUCAUGACUUAGUGCCUUCAUUCUAAGGCUUCUCACAAAACAGUGAGGGACGGGCAUGUUGCUGAAAUUUUGAGCUUCGGCAGUUCCUUGGUUUCUGUUCUUUGAAACCAUUUAGCCACUUUCUCAGUGCUGUAUACUACUUUAGAUUCUGCCUACUCGUGCACAUUGCACAGCUGUGGGAGCAGAGAAAUCAGUUUAUGCUUGUAUAUCAAGGGGAAAUUGAUGGGCUUAAAGUUGUAGUGACUAUGAAAAGCAGCUCAAGCCCCCCCCCCCCCCCCGAGCAAUGGGGAAUCAACAGUGUUUUGUACGUCUCACCACUGCAGUGUUCUAGGGUUGUGAGGGUAAAGGACUUUGCUCAAGGGUAUAUAUAGAAUAGUAUUAAAAACUUGAGUAGUGCUUAGCUGGUGCAGAUAGUGUGAUAUAGUGGUAGAGUAAUAGCACGAAUACAUAAGGUAGAUAUAGGCUGAAUUAGUAUUACUAGACUUUGUAAAUAUAGAGCAAGGGAUAUACAGACAUCGUCACUCCUAAAAGCAUCCCAGUGAUGGAAGAGUAGACUUGAUCACUGAAAAACACCCUGCAAGUCAGAAAACUGAACACAACCGGAAGUAAACAUUUUUUUCUCUUCUGGACUAGUUUUUAUUUGCUGGCAAUUUUAAUAUACAUCUUCUUGUUAGGCCUAAUUUUCUUUUUUAAAUGAUCAGCAAUGCACAUCUUUCAACAGACUGGGCCCUUGUUCAUGUCAAGGUUAGAGUCAGAAAAUAUUAUUUGCUAUAUUGAAGAGGGGAUCGCAGCUGGGGCUGAAAAGAUACUGGCUCAUGUGCUUUUGGUCUGCAGCAAAUCUAUAUUUAGAAUGCUUUGAUUACUACAUUAAGCAUGAUGCCUCGUGUGCUUUAGCCGGCAGCAAAUCGCUUUGAUUAUUACAUGAAGCAUGACAGCAAAGACCCAGUCUGAAAGUUACUUUUCCUUAUGGUGCACAUAGGGAAGGCAAUCAUACCUCCUUGUAGCUGACUGUUCGGGUAUCCCCUAAGAGGGCACAAGUGACACUUCUGUAACAUAAGUUUUCUGUAACGUAAGCUAUCCUUUCCCUAGCCCCUUCUCACUUUCAUUGUAUGACAGAAGUGGUCAAGGAUUAAUAGAACCAGCCCUAUGACUGCAGCUCUGGGCAAAUUAGAGGCUUACAGCAGCUCACCAAAAAAGGUAGAAUAUACAGUUUGCUCAUGAAAAGAUUUUGUUUCAUGUCUGUGCAUUAGGGAAGAGGUACCUUUUAAUAUAUUUAUAUAUAUAUGGAGCUUUGUUUAUCAUAUCUGAAAGAAUGUUUGAGUUACAAUUCAGCUCUUUGUAUUCUCCAAAAGAAAGGAAUGUGAAGCACUGAUUUUCAACAUACUGCUUAUUUGUUGUAGAAGACAGAAAAGCGCAAUUCGUCUUGGGGGGAAAUGAAGAGAUGCCUGUAAGGGUGCCUAUAUAUGAUCAGAACGUUAAAAUUCCAAGUUAAUUGACUUGGCCUAGCAACUGUACUUUGGAUCUAUAAUUAAAUCUUUGCUUAAUUAUA